AAUUUUCGUCUCUUUGCGCAGAAGAAGCAGGCGGGGCGAGAAAUCUCAUUUGCUUCUUCUCCGCCCGACCUCAGAAGAAGAAGAAGAAAUCCCAGAAACCCUAACUCAGCGGCAGGCAUGGGCCAGGGAACGCCCGGUGGGAUGAACAAGCAAGGCCUCCCCGGCGACCGGAAGCACGACGGCGACAAGAAGGACAAGAAGUUCGAGCCGGCGGCGCCGCCGUCCCGCGUCGGCCGGAAGCAGCGCAAGCAGAAGGGACCCGAGGCCGCUGCCCGCCUCCCCACCGUCACUCCGCUUACCAAGUGCCGCCUCCGACUUCUCAAGCUCGAGCGCAUCAAGGACUACCUCCUCAUGGAGGAGGAGUUCGUCGCCAACCAGGAGCGCCUCCGCCCUCACGAGGACAAGAACGAGGAGGACCGCUCCAAGGUCGACGACCUCCGCGGAUCGCCCAUGAGCGUCGGCAACCUUGAGGAGCUCAUUGACGAGAACCACGCAAUCGUCUCUUCCUCGGUUGGGCCUGAGUACUACGUCAGCAUCCUCUCCUUCGUCGACAAGGACCAGCUUGAGCCCGGAUGCGCAAUACUUAUGCACAACAAGGUCCUCUCUGUUGUUGGGCUUCUGCAAGAUGAAGUUGAUCCUAUGGUUUCUGUGAUGAAAGUUGAAAAAGCUCCUUUGGAGUCUUAUGCUGAUAUUGGUGGUUUAGAUGCCCAGAUUCAAGAAAUCAAAGAAGCAGUUGAACUUCCUCUGACCCAUCCUGAGCUGUAUGAAGACAUUGGGAUUAAGCCUCCCAAGGGAGUUAUACUCUACGGGGAGCCAGGAACAGGAAAAACUUUGCUUGCCAAGGCUGUCGCUAAUUCAACAUCAGCAACUUUCUUGCGUGUUGUUGGAAGUGAGUUGAUUCAGAAAUACUUGGGUGAUGGCCCAAAACUAGUAAGAGAACUCUUCAGAGUGGCAGAUGACCUUUCUCCUUCAAUAGUCUUCAUUGAUGAAAUUGAUGCAGUUGGCACUAAGAGAUAUGAUGCUCAUUCAGGAGGAGAGCGUGAAAUACAAAGAACCAUGUUAGAAUUGCUGAACCAAUUAGAUGGUUUUGACUCAAGAGGAGAUGUCAAGGUUAUUCUUGCAACAAACCGUAUUGACAGUCUUGAUCCGGCCUUGCUUCGGCCUGGCCGGAUUGAUAGGAAGAUUGAAUUCCCUCUGCCAGAUAUCAAAACAAGGCGACGCAUCUUUCAGAUACAUACAUCCAGAAUGACGUUGGCAGAUGAUGUCAAUCUGGAGGAGUUUGUUAUGACAAAGGAUGAGUUUUCUGGAGCUGAUAUCAAGGCAAUCUGUACUGAAGCUGGCUUGCUUGCUUUAAGAGAGCGCAGAAUGAAAGUAACCCAUGCCGAUUUCAAGAAGGCCAAGGAAAAGGUCAUGUUUAAGAAGAAGGAAGGGGUGCCCGAGGGACUCUACAUGUGAGAAUAACCUUGUCCACUGUAUUCACAGGUAAUCACUGCCCAGACCUGGAAAAAACUUGGAGAGUAUUUCCAAGAAUGGUGUUGGAUGAACUCAUAUACGCAUGAACUGUCAUGCCUCUACCAUUUGAGCUGGAAAGUCACUGUUAUAUUUUGAGUUGCUUUAUAUUUAUUUUGGAUAAUACUGAUGGGAUAUGGAAUAUUUAUCCAAAUCUUUGUGUUUGCAUUCAUGGGAUCUUUUGAAAAUGUGGCAUGAUAAAGUUGUCAAAAGCACCAUUAGCUAUAGUUGGAAAGUUGUGUUUGCAUUCGCUUCUAAAUUGAUUGUCAAAUUGGAUAA